GUCCAUUGGACUGGGUCUGCCGAACGUUAUAAUUAGUGCGCUCGCGAUUUUUAAGUUGCUAGUCAAUAUUUUUAUGAAAUUUGGGUGAUAUCCAAAGAAAUUACGAACGAUUUGCAUCUGUGAAAACAUACAUGCUCUUGGACAUCGGUUAGUAGCUGGAAAAAGUUUGUGAAGAUGGGCUUGCAGCUCCGCUGGGGCGUGUGCGGCACCGGCAUGAUCGCGCACGACUUCCUCACAGCCCUCGGGACGUUGCCCGCAGACCAACAUCGCGCGGGCGCCGUCGCCGGCAAGGAACGCGACCGGACACAGAGAUUAGCCAGUUUACACCAAGCGAGGAUGCAUGACUCGUAUGAGGCGCUCGCUGCCGAUGACAACAUAGACAUAGUAUUCGUGAGCGUGCUAAACCUCCAACACUACGAAAUAACCAAGCUCAUGCUCGAGCACGGCAAGCACGUGCUCUGCGAGAAACCCAUGGGCAUGACGCACAAACAGACACGAGAGCUCGUCAACAUGGCGCGGGCGCGGAAACUGUUCCUGUUGGAAGGCAUGUGGUCGAGGUUCUUCCCGGCCUACGACGCUCUGGACAAGCACAUCGCUGGGGGAGGCUUGGGAGAAGUGUAUCAUGUCAAUGUGCAGUUCGGGGUCGAGAUCAAUGAUAUUGAGAGGAAUUUAAUGAAAGACCUCGGCGGCGGCGCGGUGCUCGACCUCGGGCUUUACAUGCUCCAACUAGUCCAAUGGAUCUUCAAGAAACCGCCUUCAGAUGUCGUGUGUACGGGGCAUAAGAGCAAUACAGGCGUGGAUGAGUCUAUGUCAUGUGCGCUCAAGUAUCCUGAGGGGAAGACUGCGAGUCUUGCGGCGCACACGAGGGUCGCUAUGGGCAAUAAGGCUGAGAUUGUUGGCACUAAAGGCGCUGUCACACUGGAUUACUUCUGGUGCCCGACAGCGCUUCGCCUCUCGGCCGCCAACAGUACAGAGUGGACGCUCCCGCGGGGCCGGUUCAACUUCCACUUCCACAACAGCGCCGGUCUCUCCUACCAGAUACAAGAGUGCUACGAUUGUAUUUCAAAAGGUUUGCUAGAAAGCCCAAAGCUACCAUUAGAUGAAAGCAUACUACUGUCAAAGUUGGCGGACACUAUGCGAUCGCAACUAGGCGUGCUAGACAACGAACUAUAAUGCAUUUAGCCUAGCCCCACCGGCUUUUUUUGGCUCAUUUACCUCUGACAAAAAGAGGCUAGUACAACGAACAGUUCCCAUUGUACAGUCUGCAAUAUCAUCUUGGACAGCGAAGCGCGCAAAAAUAUCUGACACACAACAUGACUAGUUGACUAAAGCUUAUGUUAAACAGGGUGGCCCGAAAACCCGUUAUUAAAUAUUUUUUAGAUAACUUUUCUUACGUACCUAGACGUCUUUUAAAAAAUGUCAUUAAAAUGAAAAUAGUGGUUAAAGUUAAAGGUUUCUGGUUUGUAUGAGGCCAUCCUUUAUAUUUUGGUAUGUUUUGUUCUGCAAGAUACUAUGAUAUAUUACAAAAUUUGCAAAAAAACUGUACAAUGGAAUAGUGACGUCAUAGAACAAAUAAUAGAACAAAACGAGAAUUAUUAACCAAUGGAAUUUUAAUGUUGUAUCUACAAAUAUUUCAAAAAUAAAGAAUGUACCAAAAGGGUUUAUCCCACCAAGUGCCAGUAGUUAUACAUGUUGGGGUGAUUAACUCUGUUCAUUUAAUUAUUUAUAAAUUAGCAUUAAAAUAAAGUGAGUCUUUUGGCGUUGAUAUUGUCUUACAAAUAUAAUCCUUCGCAAUAUAACACGUGAAGGAGAUUAACCCCAAAACAGUCGUCAUACAAAUUAGAUAGGUAUUUAUUAUUAUUAUAAAGAUAUUCAUAGAAUUCUUUGUAGAGGUAUGCACUAUGCACACAAAUAUUAUAGACAAUGUAUAGAGCCAUGUGGUCAAGUGAAGUUGAAUUUGUUAUCAUUUCAAUUAAAAACGGCUGGCUAGAGAUUUCAACCAAUUUUGGCAGAAUCGUAAGCAUUAAAAUAUUUAUACAAAAAGCCCAGUGAAACAAACUUUAAAUUUUAAACACUUAUAUGACCAAGUUAAAAGCAAAUUCUAGGUUUUAAAUAUGUUUUAAAUAAUAAUGUGAAAUAACAGUGGAACAAAUUAAUGUGAUAGCAUAAUUGGUAUAGCGUCCUAACCUAAUACAGUGGCAGCGCCGGCAAGCGGUCGAUAUAUCGAACUAUUAUAAUCAUUUUAAUGAGAAGCUAGCUUAGCCAUAUUAUGCCCACGUUUAAUUAAUAUAAAUACAUACCUACAUGAAUAUUUUCGGUCCGUUAGACUUUUCCACUAUUUGCUGGUUGAUGCCGUAAUAAAAAUUCUUUAGUAUGACUUUCAUUUUAUCCUCGCAUAAUAUGACUAAAAAAUUAAUAUUUUUAUUUCAUUAGGUAUGGCAUGUUGUAUAAUAUAAAUUUUACCUAAGGGAACAAAAUGAUAACAUUUGAUACCUAUAAAUAAAUCACAUUAUAAAAUCAAAAUCAAUUUUUAAGAAUCGAAAGCGGCUGCGCUGCUACAUUUAAAUAUUAGGUGUUGUUAAAGUAUUUACCUCAACUAACUGUGAUUGCCCGGAGAGAAUUGUACACUAAACUUACUUAUUUACGUUUUAUUUAUUAAGACAUCGUCAGACUAGCCAAUCUGUCCACCAAUUUGUUGUUCAACUAGCCUAGAAUUAUACGAGAUAAGAUUCAAACCUAAGUUUAAACAGUACUUAAUAAAAUAAUCUGAGCAGAUUUGACUAAAUUAUUAUGGAGUAGCAUAUUUAACCGAAAUAAUGCUGCUAAUAAAAUUAUUUAUUUUGUCAGCUCAACAAACGAAACAACAAAUUAGUUGGUCUGAUUGUUAGUUCAGCAGACCAUAAAAGGAAUGCGUUGGUGUUAAGGUGACCCUAUAAUAACGCUUAAGUAUUGUUUUUUUAAUAGAUAUGUAAUAAUAUAACGGCGACUUUACUAUCUUGUUGCAUUUUAUAAGUCAAUUGUCACAAGUAAUUGAAUGAAAUGAAUGCACUUAUUUUUCGUGAUCAAGAGUUGCGCACAACGAUUUAAUAUUUCUUCUACUCACUAUUUUUGUAAAUAAUUAUUUUAUGUAUAACUCACUUCUGUAUACACCUUAUAAAUAAAAAUGUACACAAUGA